UAUGCUCGGCACAGACGGCCCCCUCUCGCUUGCUAUCGAGCGGACCUGGAUAGUUUGGGGCAGAGCCACAUCAUGACGGCGUACAGACGCAACAGGGAUCGCAGAUAGCUCAGAGCACGAUGAGCAAUUCACCGCCCGCGCUUGCUGGUGGAACGGCUAGUUCUGUGCCUACCGCCCACCGAUCGAAGCGCGAUAGCUUCCGCUCGCUCGGCCAGAGAGCGUCGCCUCGAGCCGGUAGUUUCUAUGAUGCUGCCUUGACGCCUCAGCUCAAUUUGCCAGCGAGUAUUAAUGGCACGGACGGCAGGCCAGCCGAACGACUGCUCACGGAGUCCCCGGAAGAGGAGCACAAGCCGCUCGGAUCAGAAAGCUCGCCAGCCGGACCUGAGGAGCUCGAGGUCGACCAACUCACGCCCGCUUCUGCCCGUCGCGUCUACGCGAGCCCAGAUCGAGUACAUCAGUCGCAGCAUCGUGGCACGCAGUCACCUUCGCCACCUCCGCUCACACCGGUCUCAGUGGCAGGCUCCUUUGGAUCCUACGGCAGGCAAUCGACGCGCUCCUUUCUUGUCGAUCGAGCCUCUGGCGAGGCAUCUAGCGACAGUGACCUGUCUAGUACGGAUUCUGAUUCUCAGGACGAGGCACAGACGCUCGUCAGACCCGCCUCACUGCGUGGAGAUGUCAUGACGAGAAGCUACAGUCAGGCCAUCUCCCCGCCCUCUGCGAACCUGCCGCGGCGACCUUACGCAAAUACUAUCUCCAUACCGCCCGCCCAUGCCAACACGAUCCCGCUGCCUCCAUUGCAUGCGCACAGUGCCAAUCACGAGCACAUACCAAGACAGGCACCUGACCCUCGGCUGUACGAGCUCGCGCAAGAGGAGGGCACGAGCCUGACGAGCCCAUCGGAGUCGCGGCGGCCGUCAAAUGCGACUGUCAUGGCAAGCGGCAGACGGCGGCAAGGCUCUUGGGAUUCUGCAAAGGCCGGUCGCACACCUACCCUCAGCCCAACAUGGUCUCGUGCUGCCUCUCGCGCGCCCUCUGCUACCUACUUACACGAUGGUCCCCAUCCUCACGGAGCGCCCGGUCAUAUAAGAACGGAUUCUAAAAAUCGAAGGUCGAUAUCGAAACCUAUUCUGACCGCUCCGUUAGAUAAGGAAGCGUUCCUGUUUUCACGCUCGUCUGGGCUAGCUAGCGAUCAACACUCAUCCUCAUCGGCAGGCGCAUCCUCCGCCCACGUUGGGCUUGCAAGAGAUUCGCCUGUCAUCAUCAAGCCAAGCUCGAGAUGGCGAAAGCGCGCCAACUCUCACCUUUCGCAGCUACAGGGUCAGGAACGGAUGCGCAAACCUUCAGACGUAGACGACGGAAGACCAGAGAAUGACUUGCUGUCGCCCUUUGGUCUUGGUCAAGUCGAUGCUCUUGCUCAGUACGCCAAGCAGGCAUCUUCGCAACGUGAUGAUCCCUCUGCCCAAAAGUCCCUGCGAGAGCUUAUUAAUCAGGUCGAUCUCAAAGGCGCCAUGCAGUUAGUUUCUGCGCAAUUGACGGUACAGGCUGCGGCUGAGCAAGACCGAGGCAAAAGUCCGGCGGUCAAGAGCCUGAGGGGCAGUGUCAAUUCUUAUGCUUCUCCGAGUCCGCCCGCAUCUAUGUUCUCGCCAGCGCAUUCGUCAGUAGAUGCUGGUCAGGCAGGCUCAGAGCUAGCACACUCUGCUACACGUCUGCUAGGCAGCGCGCGCAAUCGUACGCAUUCGCCUGAUGGACGAUCACUCGAUGGCGUCAAGCAGACAAAGUCAUCGCCCAAGAAAGGCCUGUUAGGGUCGCUGAUCGCCAAAGCUAAGCCCGACAGUGCCUCUAUGCUGUCACGCAAGAAGUCAAGCGGGGAUGUGUGGGCGGAUCGAGCCAGCACAGAACGUCGGCGAUCAUCAACCUUUGGUGCUCUGUCAUACCCUGACAGGGCAAUGCUUAGCCAACCGGAGCGUGAUAUGGAAGAGGCCAUCUCUCGCGUCCAUCUCGAGCUAUCAAGUGGUACGGUAGCACGCGCGAGCGACUGUGCUGCAUAUCUCGAGCUCCGCUUCACACAGAUCUUUGAGCCGCUGGAUGCCGACGAGGCCGUGCCGAGUCUGCCCGCUGUAUCUCGCUGGCGCACACGCCUAGCAGAGAUCGAGGCUGUCUACACCGCAGCAGGCAAGUCGAUGGCCUCAGUGCUCGUCAAGGAGAGCCGUCUUGGGGCAGAUCAUCCGCAAACACGACAGAUGAUUGCGGCUUCAAAGUCGUCCAACGAACCGAAUGCCGACGCAAAUGUAAGACGUGCCGUCAGCACUGUACUGGGACCCACCCCGCCUCGCAAGGUGCGGCAUCGGCUCCUGCGUCCCGGGCCGUGGGAGGUCUAUCCCGACGACAUUGCGAGCUAUCGUGCUUCCGCCGGUAUACUGCCAGACGCGCUUGCGCCCGAGCCCGUGGUUUCGCAGGAGCGCUCUGUGUCGCCUGGUAGCUCCAUGAAGUCUCCAAUCAAUGGCAGCGUCAACAGCAGACCGUCCUCUUUACGCAACGGUCAUAGUCAUCACGGCCGAACUAGGACGACGACUGGCCAAAAUCUGAGUAGCAUCAUUACCAGUGAACUCCUCUCCAAGGAUAGAGGACCCCAUUCGCCAGUGAGAUCUCCAAUGCGCUCGCCAUUGUCGUCACGUCCGAGCUCGAUCAGACAGAAGCAGAGCUACCGGCGCUCGAUGCUGGGUCAUCCGCAAGAUCUUGAGGUUCUCUCGGCCGCGGCCAGCCCCGAGGUCAGCGAUGUCGAGCCCGGGCGCAAAGAACGAGCUCGCGUGCUCGGCUCGGACAGCGAAGGCGGUUAUCCCGACUUUCUUCGCAGCCGCUUUGGGCGGAAUAGAGUACAUGAUACGUUGCAGAGCGGAGACGAGACGGGCUCGUCUUCGAAGCGAAAACAUCGUCGACCGCGACAGUCGAUGUGGCAGCUGACAUUCGGUCGCGACUCUCGCGCUGCUGUCGAGAUGCCUGUCGUGACAAAGCAGGACGUACGUCAUUACCGAUCAGCUUCUGCCUGGCCACAAUAUGGCAAGACGAUCAAACCCACGCAAGCUUCGCAUGACUAUUCGCCCGAAGAGGUCACACAUAGGCGCAGUCUCCUGGACUCAGUGGAAUCCGCAUUGCAAAUCGCAGCUGGACUCGUACCGCGCUUGCCCACAGCAAUGCAGGAAUACCUCGACGCAAUGAAGCAGCUCGACCGAGAGACGCGAAGCACAGCCGCGCAGGAUGCCGUGGUGGAAUACGAUCUUCCCUCGCUGCCAGCCGACGUCAUCGACUUGCUUCCGAGGCCAAGAGGCGCGCCGGACGAACGCGACCGUGCUUCGCCUGCCGUUCAGUUGGCCUCCAAAGCGGAAGCACAUGCGCCGAUAGAUGCUAUCGCUGCACUGCGAACAGCGUUGGGCGAUGUCUUUGCAACUGUGGACCACGCUCACGAAGAGAUCGAGGACAUUCGCGGCUUCCAAGAGUUGAUACGGCAAGACAUUCAGCAGACUGUCGACGAGUGCGAUACUAUCCAGAGCACGAUCAACAAUGCUGACGAGCAACAUGUAUGCUACGUAGAAUUGUACUACGUCCGUAUGAGCUGAUGGCGUGUUUACAGCUCACUGUGCUCGAAGAUCAACUCAAUCGGUUGCGCCACGAAGUCGCCAGCACGUCCAACAUCACCGAAGUGCUUUCCGACGUGCUCUCGUUGGCGGUCAUCUUGCUAUCUUGGCUCGUCUGGCUCGUGUACGAGCUCGUCCACCUGCUCUUGCUGCCGUUCCGCAUUGUACAAAGCAUUGCCAGAGUGGCAUCACCAUCACCAUCCUCGUCAUCAUCACCAGAGCCUCAAGAGCGCAUCAAAUCAUCCUGAUACCAUCAAGCAAUGCGUGCAUCGUUGUUGAUAGAUUAAUGCAUUUGUCGGAACAACUCGGAC